AUGGAGCUUCUCUCUACCAAGGGAAGGUUCAUCCCGAACUACAAGUGUGAUCUCAAGGACAAUGUAAUAUCUGUGAUUGCAGGACAUAAUGCUUACAUUGGCCAGUUCAUGUCAAAUAUUCUGAGCAUUUACAAGAUGCCACAGAUGUGGCCCCUUUCUGUUUGCAAUGACAAGUGCUCUUCUGGUUAUAGCAGGAUAAAAGUAGAAGGGAAGCCAUUCUGCUGCUACGAUUGCCUUCGUUGUCCUAAAGGAAAGAUUGCAAACCAAACAGAUGCAGAUGACUGUCUUCAUUGUUCAGAAGAUCAAUUUCCAAACAAAGCUCAAAAUCUUUGUAUUCUGAAGAGUGCAAAUUUCUUGUCCUAUGAAGAGCCAUUGGGAAUCGCCUUGGCCACUGUUAGUCUCUCCUUUUCUUUCAUCACAGCCUUGAUGUUCGGAAUCUUCAUUAAACAGUGGGACACCCCCAUAGUCAAAGCCAACAACAGGAACCUCACCUACAUUCUCCUCAUUGUUCUCCUGCUCUCCUUCCUUUGCACUUUGCUCUUCAUUGGCCAACCUAACUGGGUGACAUGUCCCUUGAGGCAAACUGCUUUUGGCAUCAUCUUCUCUGUAGCCCUUUCUUGCAUAUUGGGGAAAACAACCAUUGUGGUUCUUGCUUUCAUGGCCACCAAGCCAGGUUCCAAAAUGAGGAAAUGGGUGGGGAAAAGGCUAGCCUACACUAUUGUCCUAUCUUGCUCCCUGGUGCAAGUCAUAAUUUGUGCUGUGUGGUGGGCAAUUUCUCCCCCAUUCCCAGAUGCAGAUCUUUACUCCAUGGCUGAAGAAAUUGUCCUGCAAUGUAAUGAUGGUUCAACCACCAUGUUUUAUACUGUCCUUGGCUUUAUGGGGUUCUUGACUGCUGUCAGCUUCACCGUGGCCUUCCUAGCUAGGAAGUUACCUGACAGCUUCAACGAAGCUAAAUUUAUCACCUUCAGCAUGUUGGUCUUUUGCAGUGUCUGGAUAUCAUUUGUUCCCACCUACCUAAGCACCAAAGGCAAAUACAUGGUGGCGGUGGAGAUCUUCUCUAUUUUGGCUUCUGCAGCUGGAUUACUGGGCUGCAUCUUUUCCCCCAAAUGCUAUGUGAUUGUGCUGAGGCCAGACUUGAACAAAAAGGAACAACUGAUAAAGAGAGAAUAA